AUGUGUAAACACAUCCUGAACGCUCAAGUGGCCAUCCGCUCUCCCUGCUGCAAAAAAUGGUUCGACUGCGCCGAAUGCCACCAAGAACAAGAAUCGCACUCGCUCACCAAAACCACUGAAAUGGUCUUCGCCUGCAAGAAAUGCAAGAAAUGUUUCCGGAAAGACGCGACGGAGUUUGAUGAGAGUGACGAGUACUGCCCGCACUGCGAUAACCAUUUCGUGAUUGACGCUGUGACGCCGACGCCCACGUUGCAGGUCGAGGGUGAGGAUGCGAGAAUCGAUGCCAGAAUGCUCAAAGACGACCGUGUUCGCGGACACCAGGAACGCUCCAUCUUCAACUUCAAGGAUAUUUCCGAUCGCUUGGGUUAG